AUGUCGGCCAAGACGCCCAAGCCUGCCACUCCCAAGCCUGAACUCAUGACCACAAGCACCAGCCCUCGGACCUAUGACGAGGCCCCGACCAGCUUCCCGCCAUCGCCGCCCCUCUCUGUCGCUUCGCGUGAUUCUCUUUGCUAUUCGGAGUCGGCACCAUCCACCAGUGAAUUCCAUCAUGUCGACCUGCGUCGUGACGGCGGGGCCCCGUUGUCCGACAUCACUACGCCUCCCGCCACUCCUUCCGCCCACCAAGCUUCCUCUCCGGAUUCGUCGGAUGGCCUGGAUCUUGCUGGCGAGCGCUUGCUGAAGAAACAAAUCAUUAAAAGACCUCGCCCGGCCGCCGACGAGCCUUUGAAUGCCCGUCUUAUUCGACAUUUUGGUGCCCACGACCAGUCGCUUCGAGAUAACUUCCCGGAGCAGUACGCCAAUGGUAUCCACGAAUUCUACGAUGGCUCCAACAUCACCGUCAGCUUUUAUAACGCUGAAAAGAAAAGGCGUGGCAUGGACAAGAAGGAUUAUUUGCCGGCCUUCUUCAGCCUUUCUGCUUUUCGGGAUGUGCUGGAGCGUGGAAGGCCUGUCGGCCGGCGCUUCAUUGCUGGCUCAAGAAACAAGAUGGGCGUCGAGCCACAGUAUCUUCUUCAAGCACGAUGCCUCGGAUUCGAGACCAAGGUUUUCGAUCGAGUGCGCAAGUUUCCUACCUCUUCUGACUCUGAGGAUGAGUUCCAGGGAAUGCAAAUGCGCGAGCAAGGAGUCGAUGAGCUUGUCCAUCUCGGCAUGGCGGAAAGCUUGUUGGACCAGAACCCCGGCAUCAUGGUUCUUGCCACCGGAGACGGCAAUGUGGGCGAGUUCUCGGGUGGGUUCCCUGGCUUCGUCAUAAGGGCUCUGAAAAGAGGCUGGAUUGUCGAGGUUUACUCGUUUGCCGAGAGCGCCCAUUCUAUCUGGAGAGACCCUUCCUUCAUCAACGAUCCGGAGUGGACCGGCCGCCUGAGCUUCCAUCCCUUGGACAGCUUCAUCCUAGAUUUGAUCGAUCUGAAUAAGGACCAAGUCUUCUAUCCUGCUUCGUCUGCCGCAGCAUCUUCGCGCUCUUCUUACCUCAAGAGGAGCAAGACGGUAAAGGCGACCAAGAUUAUCAACCUCCUCGAGGUUGACACUUCGGGGUCUGGCACUAUUCCUCCGCAGACUGCUGCCGCCGUCGAACGAGCACCCACGCCUGCUGCUCAGCCUGCGCAGGCUUCUCCUGCCAAUCUAUCAACAUCCAUUCCCAGCCUUCAAGGGUCCUUCGCUCACGGCGCGACCGACCACUACCCUACGUAUGUGCAGCAACUCGCUCAAAGUUACAUGGCCUCUUCUCAGUACAAAGUCUCCCUACAGUCUUACACCUCGCAGAUCUUGGGAGGCUAUGAUUAUACUGCGGCUUUGGCAAAGGAUUCUGCCAUCCCCCUCACCUCACCUUCUUGGUCUUAG